AUGUUUGAUGGUGUGCUGGGCGUUUCAGAAGCCGCGCCUCGCACCAACGUUGAGGCAUUCCGUGCGGACACCCACGAGUUCAACAUGACUACCAGCCUUCUUGCUCGUCCUGGAUAUGAAAACCCCAUGCGCGGCUCUGCGCUAGGAGUUGACGCAGUUGACUCAUGGUGGAGUCCCGAAGGCAACAUUCCCGGCAGCGUGACAAUCCAGGGUUCGCACGGAGUUGCUGAAUCAACAAACAGGCGACCUACAGCCUUUACCCAGAUAUCCUCAUCCGUGGCGCGCGAGCUAUACGCCUCCGCUCCAUCGCUGACCGCGAUGCCGAACCAACCAUUAAGCGCUCAGACAUCCACAGCCGUUCCAGCCUCCGGCGUCCCAUCACCAGGCGUCCGCGUCCAGUUCACCAAUGCUGUGGUGCUGGACACCAUUCCCGGCGAGGUUCCGGCCACACCUGUUGGCCAUCCUCGCCUUCCAUUCGAACCAAACAGCCGCAGCUUGGCGCCCCCUGGAGCUAUCUCCUCCAGGCUUCAAACACCACCUUCGCCGGAUCGCCACACCCGCUUCACAACCGAAGCUUUCGCCCUGAAAAACUUCCACAGCACCCGGCAACAAGCUCAAAGCGCCCGGCGCGCUGGCGCGCUUUUCCAUUUAGCCCCCCUGGAGCUUCCACAAGACAUUUCCCGCUUGCGACUUGAAAUCACGCUUCAGCAUUCAAACUCCAUUGAAAAAGUCUCUGCGGCCGAGCUGUUGCCUUUUCAGGUUGGAGAGGCGCCUUUCGUUAGCGGCGUGAGCUCACGGACUCGGCGGCUACUGGCGGAAGGGAGGUCAUAUCGGCUGUUCGUACUGUUCCCUUCACUGAUGCGGCCGCCGCUGUGGUUGCGAAGGGACUUCUCGCCGGUGAAGAAGGCGACUGUGGAGGUGGACUGGAAGCUAUCUCACCGCACCCAGUUCCUGCUCUACUGUCUUCGCCGGCUGCGUCAAGCCGAAUGUCAGAGUCUGGGGGUGUGGGCCAGCAAGCGAAGGUUCGGAGCGGGGGAAGCGUUCGCGUUGUACGGCGCCGAGGGACGAGCAGAGCUGACGGACCUGUCGUACGUGCUCCUAUUCAA